AUGAAUCAAAAAAAAAACUCAAUUAACAAAAUUUCUAAACAAGCGAAUGUAAGUGCUUCCCAAAAAAAUGGCUAUAAAGAAGGUAAUUAUCAAACCCCAAAUAAUAAAAAUGUUUUUAAAUUUAGCAAUAGUUUAAAUUAUAAUAGUUAUAGUGAUUUAGUGGAUGGAUUGUUAUCUGAUAAAAGUCUAAGUAUAAAUAGAAACCAUAAAUUUUAUAAUAUAAAUAAUAAUAAAAGUAGAAAUAAUAUAAGAAAAAAAAAUAAAACAAACAAUAGUAAUGAUGAUACAGUAAGGGAUGAAGAUGAUGAUGAAGAGGAGGAAGACGAUGAAGAUGAUGAUGAUGAAGAAGAUGAAGAGGAUGAAGAAGAUGAAGAUGAAGAGGAGGAAGAAGAUGAUGAUGAUGAUGAAGAUGAAGAAGAUGAAGAGGAUGAUGACGAUGAUGAUGAAGAAGAUGAAGAAGAUGAAGAAGAUGAGGACAGAGAAGGAUUUGAUAGAAAAAUGAGUACCGAUUCUAUAGAUGAAAAUAAUAAAAUAAAGAAAAAAAAAAAUAAAAAUAAUUUAUUUUAUAAAGAUUUAGAUAAAUCUAAUAAACAAAAUAAUGUAAAUACAAAAAAUGAUAAUUCUGAUUAUUAUGAUAUAUAUUCAAAUAUUUAUUCAUAUUAUGAUAUAUUUACUGAAGGUCAAAAUGGUUUAAGCAAAUUUAAAUAUUUUAAUAAUGUCUUUUCAAAUUAUGAACAAAAAGGUGAAAAAAACGAUCUUCCACAUGAUCAAAAUAAUAAUGAAAAUAAUAAUUCGAGUAAUAAUAAUACUGAAAAAAUUCCAGCAUCAACAUCAUCAUAUAUUAAAGCAUCUGGUAUCCCCCCUUCUUUUAAUAAUCCACAGACACGUAUUCCAAAUGAUAAAACAUAUAAAACUGUCAAAAAUUUAAUAAAAGAAGAUCGUGAAAAUAAUAAGAAAUAUACAUCGGGGCAAAGUAAUAAUGAUAAUAUCACAGUAAAUCGGCAAAAUGUUUUUAUUGAUCAAAAUAAUUCUAAUACUGGCAUGAAUACUAAUAAUAUCCUUAACCCCAAAAGUCAAUAUGUGUAUUCCAACAAAUUGAAAGAAAAAAAAAAUGAACUUAAUAAAAAUAUUGGGAAUUCUAAUAAUACUAAAAAGAAAAUAAUUACAAAAAAAAAAAAAAAAAAAAAAAAUACUACUGAAGAUACAAUUAUAAAUGAUAGAGAAACUACAUUUUAUGAUGAUUUAAAACGAAACAUGAAUGCAAAUAAUAAUGUUAAUGAAAAUAUAUCAGGAAAUAAUCGACUUAAUCAUGGGGUCAGUUCAAGGAAUAAUAACAUUUUCACUUCGUAUGUGAAUAAAAAUAGGAAUAAGCUUUCCAAUAUAAAAACUAUGACAUCAAGUUUUAUAGAAAAUAAUUUUUUCCAUAAUAAUAAUAGUAAUAGUAACAAUAAUAUGUACAAAGGAUUUAGAAGUGGAGUGAAAAAUAAGACUAAAAAUAUGCAAAAGGGAGAUGAUGGUAAAUCAGGAAAUGGAAUAAAUGGUGAACAAGAUCAAGGUAGUAACAUGAAUAAACGAAAUAUAAACAAAGAAAAUGAAGAUAAUCGUGAUAAUAAUGAAGAUAAUCGUGAUAAUAAUGAAGAUAAUAGUGAUAAUAAUGAAGAUAAUAGUGAUAAUAAUGAUGAUGAAGAAUAUGAUAAUAAUUUUAGCUCAAAUGGAAGUAAUAGUACGAAUCUAAGUAUAGACAGCUCAUGUUCAAUUGAAAUAGAUUAUAAAAAUGAUAAAGAAGUUUUACGAAAUUUAGAAAAAAAUUUAAAUUGUGAUAAAGGAAAAGGGAUUCCCAAAUUUUUAAAAAAUCCUGCAAAAAAACGAAUGAAUAAACUUAAAAAAAUAAUUGAAAUAUUAGAAUAUUCAAUAUAUAAUGAAGAAAGAAAAGGAAAUAAAUUAGAAAAAAAAUUGUAUCAAUAUGUAUUAUUAACUAGAAAUUUAAAAAAAGAAAUAUAUAAUUUAGAAAUUACUAAUAAUAAUAGUAAAAAUAAAAUAGCAACAUAUGAAAAGGAUAUAAUAAAAUUAAAAGAACAAAAUGAAGAAAUGAAAUUAACUUUAUCAACUUUUGAAAAUGAACUUAGUAAUUUGAUAAAUAAAUUUGAUAAAAAUUUUGCAAAAGAAUUAAUUGAUACUAAAUCAAAAAAUGAUAUUUUAAAAAAAGAAGUUGAAAGAUUAAAAAAAGAAAUUGAACUUAAAAAUUCAGAAAUAAAAAAAAUUGAAAGUUAUAAUGAUAUAACAAAAAAAAAUACAUCUGAUCCUAUUACAGUUACUCAAUCUGAUAAUUUGAACUCAGAACCCAUACCUGAACCUACUAGUAGUACAUCUAACAUUUCAAAUUCUUUUAUUACAUCUAAUCCAACAAACACAUCUAUUCCAUCAAAUUCAACGAAUGCAAUUGGAUUAGAAACCAAUCAAGAAGCUACAUUAUCUAGAAAUAAUAACAAUUUAUUGAAUACAUCAAAUGUUAAUAAUAAUUUAACUAAUAUUACAUCUAAUGCACCAACUAUAACAGUUUCUCAUGAAUUUCCAUUUUAUCAUGGUAUUAGCGAAGAAAUUCCACAAAAUAAUGUUGAGGAAUUUAUUGCAAAAAUAAAAAAUAAUAGAAUAAUAUAUGAUAAGAAUGUUGAUAAAUAUGAUGAAGAAACGAAAUCUGCAAUAUAUGGAUGUCAUAUUUCGAAUAUGGUUUUGGAAAAUCCAGAUAUUUGCAAUCAUAAAAAAGUUUUAAAAACUUUACAAGAUUAUUGUAUUAAUGAAUCAAGGUUAUUAAAUAUUCAUAUGUCAUUAAAAAAAGAAAGAUGUGAUAAUAAUUAUAUUUCACAAAAAGAAUUAGAAAAAGAAGUUAUAAGACAAAUUGAAAAUAUGAAUUCUGAUAAAAAUAAAGAAAAAAAUGUUUCUAUAAUUAAUUCAAUUAUAUUAACAUUGAUAUUAAAAAAUGUUCAUAUUUUUAAUUUAUAUAAAAUAUUUAUUUCUUCAUUAAAAUAUGAUAAUUUCAGAUGGAUCAAAAUAAUAAAGAAAGCUCUUUUUUUGAAAUUUUUUGACAUGUCUUUAAUCGAUUUUGAAAUAAAAAUUAGUGAACCUUCAAAAAUUAAAGAAACAAAACUAAUUCACAUAUUAGGAGGAACUAAUAACCAACUUUUAAAUAAAGAAAAUCAUAUAGAAACAGAAUCUAAUAAUGAUAAUAAAAAUAAUGUACAUUAUAAUAUUAAGCAUCCAUUAUUUUAUUGCAGUAAUGAAAUGUUAAAACGAUUCAUGUAUGAUAUGUAUUUAAAUUUUGCAAAAGAACCAAUUAAUCCUCAAAAUAAUGAUAAUAUAUAUCACUAUAUAUUACAAAAAAAAAAUUAUGAAUUAUUAAAACUACUAAAAUUAUCAGGAAAAAAUUAUAAUUUUAUAUUUAUAAAAAAUAAUGAUAAUAAAACACCUUUAGAUUAUGUAGAAAAUGAAGAUAUACAUAUUGAUUUAAUUUCAGGAUAUAUAUUAGAUAUAGCAGGAAAAGGUGCAGAGAAUUAUAAAAAUUAUCGUUAUGAACAAGCAUAUCAAUUAUAUUCGGAAGCUUUAGAAAAACAAAUUAAAUUAUCGAAUUCUAUUAAAUUAGGUAAUUCAAAAUCAAUGAAUGAAAAUAUAGGAAAAUUAUAUUAUAAUAGAGCUAGAACCUUAAUGCAUCUAAAUAAAUGGAUAGAUGCUAUAGAUAAUUGUAAUAAUUGUUUAAAAUAUAUUCCUAAAUAUAUUAAUGCAUAUGAUACACAAAUACAUGCUUAUGAAAAUCUAUUAGAAUAUGAAAAUGCAUUAAAUAUAUAUAAAACAAUGUGUGUGAAAUGUAAUAUAAAACCGGAUGAAAAAGAAGAUAAACUUAAAGCACAAAUUAAUGCUACUGCUUUUCAAAUUUUAAAUAUUAAUAAAAAUUCAACACUUAUAGAAAUUAAACAAGCAUUCUCAAAUUUGUCAAAAAAAUGGCAUCCAGAUAAAUUAGGAAUAAAUACAAGUGAAGAUAUUAAAAAAAGACAUAAUAAUCAUUUUAAAAAAUUAUUUAAAGCAAAGCAAUUACUUUUAAAUGAUUUAGAAAGAUAUAAGGAGAAAAAAAAAAAAGAAACAAAUUUUGUGUACCCACAAAUUAUUGAUGAUUCAAGUUUAGCUCACCGAAAUGAUCCUAGCGGUGCAAAUAGUGGCGGUGCAAAUAAUGGCGGUGCAAAUAGCGGGGGCAAUGUGGAGGGUCAGGAUAAAAAAACAAAUUUAAUACCACCUUCUGAUUCAGGAUAUGAAAAAAGUAAAGAUAAUAAAAAAUCAGGAGAUAUUUAUGAAACAUUUGGAACUGAUUCGAAUAAUGUAAACAUUGGAAUAAAUAAAAAUGUAAGUCAUGGAAAUUUAUUUAAUUCAUAUAAAGAUGAUAUUGAAAAAUUUCAAGAAAAAAUAAAAAAUUUAAAUAAAGGAAUUAAUAAUAAUGAUAAUGAUACAAAUAAAAAUAUAAAUCCACUUAACAAAAUGUUUGAUAAUAAAACAUCAAAUGAAAAAGGUGAUGAAAAUUUUUAUAAAAAAAUAAAAGAAGAAUAUGAAAGAUUAAAUGAUGAACAAUUAAUUAAUUUUAAAACAAAAAUAUCAAACUCGAUAAAUAAUUUGAUUCAAACUGAAAUAAAUUUAAAAAGAGAAUAUCAAGAAUUAUGUAAUAAAGAAAAAAAUAAUGCUAUUAUGAAUGCUAGAUUAUGUAUUUUACAAGAAAUUCAAAAAGCUCUUUGUAUACGAUUAGAUAAGGAAAGAAAAUUAAAAAUAAUUGAAACUGUUUUUAAAGACAGGUCACAUAAUAAUAAAGAAGAUGAUAAAAAUAAUGGCUAUCCAUAUUUGAAUAAAACAAAUAAACAAAAUAGUUCUAAUGAGGAAGAAUUAUAUGGUGAUGUAACAAAUGAAAAAAAUAAUAAAAGUGGAAAUAAUGUAGAAAUGGGUUCUAAAAGUGGAAAUAAUGUAGAAAUGGGUUCUAAAAGUGGAAAUAAUGUAGAAAUGGGUUCUAAAAGUGGAAAUAAUGUAGAAAUGGGUUCUAAAAGUGGAAAUGAUGUAGAAAUGGGUUCUAAAAGUGGAAAUAAUGUAGAAAUGGAUUCUAAAGGUGGAAAUAAUGUAGAAAUGGAUUCUAAAAGUGAAAAAGGAAAUGAUGAUGAUGAUGAUAAUGACCGAAAAAAUGGUAAAAAGAAUGAAAAUUCGAGUUUUGAUGAAGAUAAUGAAAUAGAAGAGGGGUAUCAUAGUAGAGGAAAAUAUUAUGAGUACUAUUAUGAUGAUAAAAAUAAUAGAUAUAUAAAAGAAGAAAAUGAUGAAGAUUUCGAUAAUGAUAAAUCUUAUGAUUAUAAAAAGUUUCACGAAGAAAUGCAACAAGAUAAAAAUUAUUGUGACUCAAAAGGGUAUGAAAAUGUUAAUAAAAAUAAUGAUGAUCAUUCAAAUAGUGAAAAAAGAGGAAACAAACAAAAUGACAAAAAUGAUAUUCGAGAAGAUGAUUCUGAUAAUAUAGAAAAUGAAGCAUAUUCACAUAAAAAUGAAAAAAAAAAAAAUCAAGAAGUUUCAAAUUCUAACAAAAUAAUCGAUUCGGAUAGUAGUAGUAGUAAUAAUAAUUCCGGAAUAAAUGAAAAUGGAAAUAUGGAUAAUCUUGAUGAUAAUUGUGGACAAAAUAGAAAAAGAAACUCAAAAGAAAAUCUGAAUAAAGUUUGGAAAAAUGAACAAAUAAACGAAUUAAAUAAAAUGUCAGAAAAAAACCAAAUGCUAAAUGAGCAUACAACUUUUAUAUUUAUGAAUGAUGAACAACAUAAUAAUAAAGAUCUUUAUAAUAUUUAUGAUUCUACUGAAAAAAAAAAUAAUAAUUUUUUUGAAAAUAUAACAAACACAAAAUACAUUAAUAACCAAUCUUAUAGAAAUUCUAGUAAUAUAUUUGAAUACAUGCCAUCAUCUAAUAACCAAUAUCCUAAAACGAACAUCUCAAAUAGCGGUAGUAGCAAUGAUAGCAUAAGCAAUGGCAAUAAUAACAACAUGGGCAAUAACAACAUGGGCAAUAACAACAUGGGGAAUGGCAACAUGGGGAAUGGCAGCAGUAGUAAUCAUAAUCAAAUAGUCGGAAACGCGAAGGGUGAAGCAUACUCCUUUAGAAACAAAACACGCUCGAGUCUUGUUCGCAAUUUAAAUUCAAAUACAGAUGAAAUAAAUACAAGAGAAGAUAACACAGUAAAAAUAUAUACAAACAAUAAUAACACAUUUUAUGAGGAAAGAGAAAAUAUAAAUAUUGAAACAAAUGAAUAUAUAAAUAAAAAAAAUGAAAAUAAAUAUAAUCCUAAAGAAAGAAUAAUAGGAACUGAUACAUCUAACCCUGAACAAGUUGAAAAAAAUAUAAUUAACCAACCCAUAAAAAAUGAACAAAAUAAUGGUGAAAAAAAAUAUCCCAAUUUUAACAAAAAAGAUAAAACAAAUGAAGAAAAUAUAAAUGAUUCCACAAAUAAUUAUUAUGAUAAAGAUUCUGUUUAUUUAAUGUAUAAUUCUAGAAAUUCAAAUCUUUUAGAUAAAAUGACAAAAAAAAAAAAUGAUAAUUCUAUUAAUAUAAAUCAAACUGAGACAAUAGAAGAAAAUGAUAAAGGAAUAGAAAAUUAUUAUAAUGAAGAUAAUGAAAUAAAUAAAUUUAAUUUAAAAAAUAAAAGUGAUGAAUAUAUAUCUUCACAAAUUAUAGGAAAUAAUAAUAAUUUUUUUAAAAAAAUGUCUAGUAAUAAUUCCUCUCGAAAUACACAUAUAAAUAGUUCAGAAAGAUUGAUUCAAAAAAAUAUGUCUUAUUCUAAUGAUAAUACAAAAAAAAAACAAUCUAUUGAAAAAAGAAAUAACCAAAAUGACUCACCAAAUAUAUAUAACAAUAAUAGUGAUAACGAACAAAAUCAGGAUAAAUAUAAUGGGCAUAAUGGAGAAAUAAAACAUUAUGAUUCUUCGUUUUAUGGAAAAAAUUAUGUACAAACAAAUAAAUCUAUUUCAAAUAUAAAAAAUAAAUUAGAUAAAAAAUUUCAACAAAAAAAUUUUGAUAGUUCAGAAGACUUUUCAAGUUAUAAUGAAAAUAAUAAUUUUUAUAAUAUGCAUAAUGAUGAAUAUAAAACAUUUCAUUUUUCAAAUGAACAAACUGAUCAGGAUAUAAAUAAAAAUUAUUUACAUUCUGAAAAUAAUAUUCCUCCUGACAACAUUAAAUCAUAUUCUUUCCUCACCACACCCAAUGCUUAUCCACAUGAUCAAAGAGAAAAUAUUUCUCCUAAAAAAAAAUGA